GAAGGCUCACUCCAGUGGCAUCUUGACGGAAAACGCCGGAAUGACCUUUCUCAGGCUUCUCUCUCCGAUAUUCUGAUACUGUGAUUGUAUAUGGAUGUCGAAAUACGCAACUGUCAAUUGUGAAGUGCGUGAAUUACGUCUGACACUGUGUUAUUACGUCAACGCGUAAUCAUGAGUUGUGGAUUCGUUACUUGCGGCCCGAAUGAGGCUCUCGUAGUUUCAGGAUGUUGCUACAGCAAACCUCUUUUGGUGCCUGGAGGACGGGUAUUUGUUUGGCCAUUUGUGCAACAAGUGCAAAAAAUUUCUCUAAAUACAAUGACUUUACAAGUCGAAAGUCCAACAGUAUAUACUUGUCAAGGAGUACCAAUAUCUGUAACAGGCAUAGCACAGGUAAAAAUUCAAGGACAAAAUGAAGAAAUGCUGUCUACAGCAUGCGAACAAUUUCUUGGAAAAUCUGAAGACGAGAUACAUAACAUAGCUCUUGUCACAUUAGAAGGACAUCAACGGGCUAUAAUGGGCAGUAUGACUGUAGAGGAAAUUUACAAGGAUCGUAAAAAGUUUAGCAAGGAAGUGUUUGAAGUUGCAAGCAGUGAUUUAGUCAAUAUGGGCAUUACUGUCGUAUCAUAUACAUUAAAAGAUAUUCGAGAUGAAGAAGGAUAUCUGCAAGCACUCGGUAUGGCACGUACGGCAGAAGUAAAGAGAGACGCUAGAAUAGGUGAGGCGGAGGCUCGCAGAGAUGCUCAGAUUAGAGAAGCUAUUGCCGAGGAGCAAAGAAUGGCCUCUCGUUUCUUAAAUGACACAGAGAUUGCGAAAGCACAACGUGAUUUCGAAUUAAAAAAGGCUGCUUAUGACGUCGAGGUUCAAACCAAAAAAGCCGAAGCAGAAAUGGCCUUUGAACUUCAAGCGGCGAAAACUAAACAGAGAAUAAUGGAAGAACAAAUGCAAGUGAAGGUUGUAGAACGUAGUCAGGAGAUCGCCGUGCAGGAGCAGGAAAUGCUAAGACGCGAAAAAGAAUUGGACGCCACUGUACGACGUCCUGCCGAUGCAGAGAAAUACAGGUUAGAGAAAAUAGCUGAAGCGAAUAAAUUGCGCCUUGUUAUGGAGGCUGAAGCUGAAGCUGAAGCAAUUAAAAUUCGCGGCGAAGCGGAAGCUUUUGCCAUCGAAGCGAAAGCUAAAGCAGAGGCAGAGCAAAUGGCAAAGAAAGCGGCCGCAUGGAACGAGUAUAAGAGCGCAGCGAUGAUAGAUAUGAUGCUUGAUACACUUCCAAGGGUUGCCGCCGAAGUAGCUGCCCCUCUUUCCCAAGCAAAAAAGAUAACUAUGGUCUCGAGUGGUAAUGGCACUAUUGGUGCAGAAAAAUUAACUGAAGAAGUUUUCAAUAUUGUACAACGUGUUCCAGAUCUUGUUAAAACUUUAACAGGCGUGGACAUUGCAAAGUCUGUUCAUGCUGCGUAAACGUGCAAUAUCAAGAGUAUUCGAAUUCCUUGAUCAUUAUGUCGUUCUUCAAUGUGUAUAUUUAUAAAAAAAUAAUCAAUGGACUUUUUUUAUAUAUACAUUUGUUUUAAAGAUAUUUCGUCCUAUAUAACUCACAUUAAAUAUAAUUUUAUAAUAUGAAAAAUCUUAUAUUAGAAAAAAAGGUUCUACACACUUUUGCUGUGCCAUUCAUGUAAAAUGUAUAUGUAUAUGUAUGUAUACUUAUUUUUGAGAUUACUUUCAAUUUUGAAAAAAUCAGGACUAAUUAAUAUAAAUUUAAAUAAGCGAUUUAAUUUAACUACGGUUUUAAGAAUAUAUUCGCGAAAACAGGAAAUUUCGUAAGUCAUUCAUUCCAAUAGCUUUUAUUCAUGCCGACAGUGAAAGUGUGAUAUAACAUUAAUAUAGCAUAUUAUUGAUAUUACUCGUGUGUAUGUAUGUAUGUAUAUGUAUAUAUAUAUAUAUAUAUAUAUAUAUAUAUAUAUAUAUAUAUAUAUAUUAAUCGCUCUUAAAUGAAUACAUUUUACUGUUUAAGAAAUUUUAUCAAUUUAACACAAAUUCGUUAACAAAAAAAAAUCGUGUGUGUGUUCUGUCGAAUCUCUUAAGAACCGAUCGUAAUGGUUCAUGUUUAUCUAUGUAUAAUUCUAUGCCAAAACGUGCCGAAUGCCACUCUCUCCCAAAUAUUAUAUAUAUAUUACAUGUACCUUUUAAAUAUAAAGUAUACCAAAUGACUCUUUUUAGAAAAUGAAAGUAUUUAAUGUUUCUUAAACAUCACUUAUAAUAUCGUUCAAUAUGAGAAAAAAUCUUCUUAGUUUUUGAAACAAAUUUGUAUGUGAUUUGCACGCGAGCAUUAUAUUUUCUGCAUUUACAAAAUAUAUGUGAAAGAAAAAGUAAUAUAUUUUAUCCUAUUUAUAAAUACAUAUAAAAAAAUCACAGAGAUCUAAUUUAUAUGAAUUAUAGUGUAACCUUUUAAUAAGCUUCGAAUUACAUAUAUUUAUAUGACUAAUAUAUAAAGCUUUAUAAACAAAUAAAUAUGUAUGCGAUUUUGUGUAAAGCAAUAACACAAGUAAACGUUACAAGCAUA